CUCCUCCGCCCAGACGAAUGGAACACGCAUGCAAAGAGGGCACAAUUCGAGUUAGGGUUCCGAUUCUUAUUCCGGGCGAAAGCCGCUGAAGCAAUCAGCUGAAUUCCCGGCGAAUGUUUCAACAGAAGCCUCCCUAGAUGUUUAGCGUUCAAUUCACCAGGUAGGAAACUGUGAAUAUGGUUUCUUUCUUGCUUGCUUUUUUUAAUUUGUUUAUUUGAUUGCAUUUUGUGGGUUUGUGAAUCUGAGCAUUCUCUGCAUAAAUAAUAGGUAAUAAUCAUUCUUACACUUAAAACCUCUUCUCUCCCGCAUUUCAAUUGAUCAACGGAAGCGGCACGCAUAGGAAUGGCAUCAACGGCAACGACAUUGGCGGUCCGUUCAUCGGUCUAUAGAAUCGGCUUCGAGAACACAGUACUUAUUUCCGACGAAAUCCAUAGAAGCAGUGUGCCAUUCAAGAAUCAGAUGAAUACCCGGCGAAUGGUUGAACAGAAGCCUCCCCGGGUAAUUCAUUAUGGCACAUUAACCAUAAAUGGACUGAUUCGGCUAACUAUAAAUGGACUGAUUAGGCAAACUGAAUCAAAAGGACUCCUUGAGAAUCAUGUACUAGCGAAGCUUCUUUUAAGCAAAAGCACAAUCAGGUUAUAGAAGUUUAUUAUUAUAAAGGUAUAUAUAUUUAUAGUAGUUUUAUUUGUAUAGGAAGUUGUACAAGCAUAUUCCGUAUAAGUUUUGUGAAUUAGUUUUCCUUUCCAACAAAGGAUUUUAGACCACAGAGACAACUAUAAGGUGUAUAUAAAUCGUCUCUUUGUACCUAGGGUAUUCUUCUUACUAAUUAUCUCAUUGUAGCACUACAGCAUAUUGGCUCGAUGAAGCUCAUCAGUGAACUAACGCUUGGUGAUUCCUCUACAGUAAUCAAAGUCCGCGUGCUCCACGCUUGGUGUUCAACAAAUCCAUCAUUCCCUCGCAAGGUGUUCGAUUAUGGAACAUUGUGGACAGAUGAAACUGUAAUGUGCUGUUAAGAAGGGGACACAUCUUGCUCAACUAAUACAAGAGGCGGCUCUUAUAGUUUGGGAUGAAGCUCCAAUGACACAUCAAUUCUCUUUUGAGGCAAUGGAUCAAACAUUUUGUGACAUCAUGAACACCCCAUCGAGUGGAGAGGGUUACAAGCCUUUUGGGGGAAGUGCAUUCUUUUGGGUGGCGAUUUCAGGCAAACGUUACCUAUUGUUGUUGAUGGGGGCCGCGAACAAAGUAUUGAUUCUUCUCUAAUAAGAUCGCAUCUCUGGCCACACUUCAAGGUCUUGCCUUUGACAGUCAACAUGAGAAUCAACUCAAACCCAAACAACCUUCUACCACUAUAUGAAGGGAGAACAUUUCAAGACUGGGUGUUGGCUAUUGGCAAUGGAACGAUCAAGCAAACAAGUGAAACAACAUUUGAAUCAUCUACUUUCACAGACUGGAUCCAACUACCAGAUAAAUUUCUCAUCCCUCAUACAGGAAACAAGAUUGAAGCAAUUACUGAUGCCGUUUAUAAUGAUUUUAUGGCUAACUAUGAAGAUACCGGAUAUAUUCAGAAUCGAGCUAUAGUAACGCCUACAAAUCGCAUGGUUUCAGAGAUUAAUGCCUAUAUGCUAGAUAAACUCAAGGGUCGAGCCACGACAUACAACAGUUCUGAUUCCCUCGAAGGUGACACAGCAAACAAGAGUAACUUAGAAGAAGAAUAUCCAACUGAAUUCUUGAAUAGCUUAUCAUUCAACGGUGUGCCAGAACAUGAAAUACAAUUGAAGGUCUCAACUCCAGUGAUCCUUCUUCGUAUUCUGAAUCCAUCUAUUGGCCUUUGCAACGGGACAAGGAUCAUGAUAACACAUUUGGGUGAAAAUGUGAUUCGAGGUGAUAUUAUUGGAGGAUCAUAUGACAAGACAACAGUUGCUAUUCCUAGAAUUGUGCUCAAUGUAACUCAACAUCGCUAGCCAUUCAUCUUAAAGAGGAGACAGUUUCCAAUCAGGUUGUGCUAUGCAAUGACUAUAAACAAGAGUCAAGGACAAAGCCUCGAUAUAGCGGGUGUUUACUUACCAAAGCCGGUGUUCAGUCAUGGACAACUAUACGUAGCUGUUUCACGAGUUCGAUCGGCUGAUGGUCUGCAUAUACUGGUUGACAAUGACGGAGAAAUUCCACCAUACUACACCAGAAAUAUAGUAUAUGAAGAAACCUUUUUGGAUGUCAAUGCAACAACUGAGUCUCAUACAGGUGAUCAAUUAAGUUUCUAUCAUCAAAAUAAUAGCAACCAUAUAAUUACUACUAUGCUUGCUUACGUACUACAGCUAACCAAAACAUAUACUCCUAUUGCAGAAGCCAUGGAAAUUGAUAGGGACGAGCUCAGACAGUAACCAGCAUGAAAAUGAGCUACUAUCAUAAUCUCCAAACGUUUUCACAUUGUAUUUGGUUGUUAAUUAGACAUGUCUGUGUUAUGUUCUGCUAUUGAAAAACCAAUCUAUAUGAUUUUUUCAUAGCCAUAUCUCCCUAUGCUAUUAACCACUUGAGAAUUGCCAAACAUCAAUUUUGAUUUAAUCAGCGGCUGUUUUGCACCAAUAGUGAGUCCUUUAGGGGGUGAGGCAUUGCUGGCUCCUACUAAUAUUGCUGAGAGUUUCUGAAUUGUGAUCUUUGUUUAGAGGACAACAACUACGGGAUUUGUUUGAGCUGGGAUGCAAUGACGAGCAGAAUAAGAAACACUUCCGUAGGGAAAGGGAUUGACAGUUUUGGACUUUAUUUGUUUCAUGAUCAUUUGUCUUAAGGAUAAAACUAUGCUUAACUA